GAGAGCUGGUCCUCCAGGAGUGGAGGCUGGUAUUUUAACUUUGGAGUUGCUGGAAAGCCCAGGUGUCACCAUGACUGAGCGAUUUGAACUGCCACCACUUGCAAUGAAUCUCUCUUUGGCAAGAAGUACAUCCUGAAGGAGGAGGACCCCCACUGCGUGGCCUGCUUUGAGGAGCUGUAUGCCAACACGUGUGAGGAGUGUGGGAAGCCCAUCGGCUGUGACUGCAAGGAUUUGUCCUACAAGGACCGGCACUGGCACGAGGGCUGCUUCCACUGCUCCCAGUGCAAGAGCUCACUGGUGGACAAGCCCUUCGCAGCCAGGGAGGACCAGCUGCUCUGCACUGACUGCUAUUCCAAUGAGUACUCAUCCAAGUGCCAGGAAGCAAGAAGACCAUCAUGCCAGGAACCCGCAAGAUGGAGUACAGGGAAGCAGCUGGCACGAGACCUGCUUCAUCUGCCACCGCUGCCAGCAGCCUAUUGGAACCAAGAGUUUCAUCCCAAAAGACAAUCAGAAUUUCUGCGUGCCCUGCUAUGAGAAGCAAUAUGCCCUGCAGUGUGUUCAGUGCAAAAAGCCCAUCACCACAGGAGGUGUCACUUACCGGGAGCAGCCCUGGCAUAAGGAGUGCUUUGUAUGCACAGCCUGCAAGAAGCAGCUGUCGGGGCAGCGCUUCACAGCACGGGAUGAGUUUGCCUAUUGCCUGACCUGCUUCUGCGAGUUGUAUGCCAAGAAGUGUGCGGGGUGUACCAACCCUAUUAGCGGAUUGGGAGGCACAAAGUACAUCUCCUUUGAGGAACGACAGUGGCACAAUGACUGCUUUAACUGCAAGAAGUGCUCCCUCUCCUUGGUUGGGCGAGGCUUCCUCACAGAGAGGGACGACAUCCUGUGCCCCGACUGUGGGAAAGACAUCUGAAGGCGAUGCAGAAGUCAUGGCUUGUGGCCUCACGUGCAGAUUUACACAUUUUCUUUCUCAACCAGGCAAUACUGUAUUCUAGUACCCACCAGCCACUU